ACGAAUACUAAUGAAAAUAUCAAUGAAUUUUUCAUUUGAACCAUCCUCCCUUUUUAUGGAUCUUGUUGAAAGUUGCACUUCCAGUAAAUUUAUGGAUUUGCAAUUGAAAAAUUAAACAUUUUUCGCUUCGCUAUAAAUCAAUUUUUGACUUUUUCUCUACUCUCGCGAGACGCUGCAGACCAUCAUGAGCAAAAUUAGAAAAAAAAUCUCCAACGGUAAAUAGCUGCUGUGCUCACCGCUGCGAUGGUCGUUACUAAAUCGCGUGCGUUCGCGUCGACGAUAUCUGUCUCACCGACUUUUAACGCACACCCGAUACUUUUCAAAGAUGCACAUACAUAUAUAGAGAGAUGAGUAGCCGCAGCAGCAGCAGCACUUUGGUAGCUUUUAUAAAUAACGCAUCCAUCGGCCUGCAGCAGCGACCGCAGCCGCCUGCUCUCCGCUCGGCGGCGAGCUCGAUAUUGAAGCCACUGCGCGCGUGUGUCAGAGCUUGCGAGCUUCUCUCGAGAAAACUCGUUGCAAAAUAUGCUGCCGCUGCCACUGCUGUCCGUCGACGUUGUCGCGCUUUGAUCUUUCUUUCUUUGCUCUCCUCUCUUUCUCUCGUGCGCGUUCUUUGUGUGUAUGUGACUCGCGUGUGUGCGCGUGUGCAUCGACUUCUUCUUCUUCUGCUGCUGCUGCUGCUGCUGUUGCUGUUACAGACACCCUGACAGACAUGAUCACCAAAAACAUCGACGAUCCUGAAAGUUAUCCUCCGAUACCGAAAUUAUAUCAGAAUGAUAAGACGACGGCGUUUCUGCGCGCCGCUCGAUCGGGCAAUUUGGAGAAGGUCGUGGAGUAUCUGGACCAGCAGCAGCUCGACAUCAACGCGUCCAACUCGAACGGGCUGAAUGCGCUGCAUCUGGCCUCGAAGGACGGCCACUUGGAGAUCGUCGCGGAGCUGCUGAAACGCGGCGCCAAGGUCGACGCCGCGACCAAGAAGGGCAACACUGCCCUGCACAUAGCAUCCCUCGCUGGCCAAACGGAAGUAGUGACAAAUUUACUGAAUUAUGGAGCAUCGAUCAAUUUACAAUCUCAGGAAGGAUUCACGCCUCUCUACAUGGCGGCACAAGAAAAUCACGAACAGAUCGUCAAGAUACUGCUCAACAACGGAGCCGAUAUAAAUAUCGCCGCGGAGGACGAAUUCACGCCCGUGUACGUGGCGAUGCAGCAGGGCCACGACAAGGUGGUGAGCAUCUUGCUGGAGAGCGAAUCCAAGGGAAAGACGAGACUGCCGGCGCUGCACGUCGCGGCGAAAAAAAACGACUGCAAGUCAGCCGAUCUGCUUCUGCGGAAAAGUCACAGUCCAGACAUAGCGACGAGGAGUGGCUUCACGCCGCUGCACAUAGCCGCGCACUACGGCAACGAGGAUAUCGCGCGACUUCUCAUCAAACGAGGCGCCGACGUCAAUUACCUGGCCAAGCACAACAUAAGUCCGCUGCACGUGGCGGCGAAAUGGGGCCAGAACGACCUGAUAAAAUUGCUGCUCGAGAGCAACGCGGCGAUCGACGAGAAGACGCAGGACGGCCUGACGCCGCUUCAUUGCGCCGCUCGAUCGGGCCAUCAUCGAUGCGUCACCAGUCUCCUCGAGGCCUCGGCUCCGAUCAGUGCCAAAACGAAGAACGGACUUGCGCCGCUGCACAUGGCUACGCAAGGCGACCACGUGGAUUCGGUUCAAGCUCUGCUGAAUCUUCGAGCGCCCAUCGACGAGGUGACGGUGGACUAUCUGACGUCGCUGCACGUCGCGGCGCACUGCGGCCACGUGCGGGUGGCCAAGCUGCUUCUGGACCGCAAGGCCGAUCCCAACGCCCGGGCCCUCAAUGGCUUCACUCCGCUGCACAUCGCCUGCAAGAAGAAUCGCAUCGAAGUCGUGGAGUUGCUACUUAAACACGGUGCCUCGAUCGAGUCGACCACCGAGACGGGAUUGACUCCACUACACGUAGCGAGUUUUAUGGGAUGCGCGAUGAUCGUGGAGUACUUACUGCAGCACAAAGCGAAUCCGGACGCGACUACGAUACGUGGCGAGACUUCGUUGCAUUUGGCAGCUCGGGCCAAUCAGACGGACAUCAUAAGGAUACUGCUGAGAAACGGAGCGAAGGUCGACGCUCGAGCGAGGGAGCAACAAACGCCGCUGCACAUAGCGUCGCGUCUCGGCAACGUCGAAAUCGUCGCGCUGCUCCUGCAGCACGGCGCGGCGGUCGACGCCACCACCAAGGACAUGUACACCGGCCUGCACAUAGCCGCCAAAGAGGGCCAAGAAGAGAUGGUCGCUCUGCUGAUCGGUAAAAACGCGUCGGUCAAUGUCACCACGAAAUAUGGCUUGACACCUCUUCACGUAGCAGCUAAAUACGGCAACACGAACGUGGCUAAGAUUCUCCUGCAAAAUGACAGUGAAUUGGAUGCUCAAGGAAAGAACGACAUUACUCCACUGCUGUUGGCAUGUCACUACGACCACCCGAACAUGGCCCAGCUGUUGUUGGAAAAGGGAGCCUCGCCAUUGCUGGCAUCGCAAAAUGGACAGACGGCUCUGCACAUCGCGGCCCGAAAAAAUCAGAUGGACAUCGCCUCGACCCUCCUGGAACACUCGGCCAAGGCCAACGUCGAGUCCAAGGCCGGAUUCACGCCUCUGCACCUCAGCUCCCAAAAGGGCCACUACGACAUGACGAAUCUGCUGAUCGAGCACGGCGCCGAGCCCAAUCACAAGGCCAAGAACGGCUUGACGGCCCUGCACCUGUGCGCCCAGGAGGACUUUAUCAGGGUGGCGUCGAUCCUCGUGAAAAAUGGGGCCAACGUCGAGGCCGAGACCGAGACGGGCUACCGACCCAUCCACGUCGCGGCCCACUUCGGCAAUCUGUCCAUGAUCAAAUUCCUCCUGAAACAUGGCGCGGAGAUCGACGUCAAGACCAAGCAAAAUUAUACGGCUCUGCAUCAGGCCGCCCAACAGGGACACGCCCACAUCGUUUCGGCUCUCGUCGAAGCCAACGCCAAUCACAGAGCCCCUACUAAUGAUGGCUUACUCGCAUUAGAUAUAGCUAAAAAGUUUGGAUACAUGACAGUGCUCAGAACAUUGAGCGGUUUAUCAUACGACGAAACACCCGUCCAGGGCAAUGAUAAAAUCAGACAAAAGUACAAAUCUGUAGUUCCCGAGACAUUGAACAUUUCCGAUUUCUUAUUAGAUUUCGACAUCAAUGAUGGAGUUUUUGAAUUUAUGAAAAAUGAUCAGCCCUACCGAUGUCUUACGGAUUGGAUGAAAAGUUUACCAGAUGAUUCAUUGCCAAUUGAUGAUGAUAUUUUAGUUCGAAAGAAUCGAUACCAGUUAAAAACAGUUCGUACUGACGAUCUUGCUGACGUGAAAAUUGAUCAUACCGAUUUCUCGGAUUUUUUCAUUAGCUUUCUGGUAGAUGCACGCGGUGGUACACUGAUGGGCUGCCGUCACAGUGGGAUUAGGCUGAUAGUACCACCGAGACGCGCCUCGAUGCCGAUUCGCGUGACCUGCCGCCUCGUCCGACCCAACAAAAUGGCCAUACCACCACCCUUGAUGGAGGGUGAGUCCUUGGCGACUCGAGUCAUCGAAAUGGGCCCAGUUGGGGCGUCGUUCCUUGGACCCGUCCUCAUCGACAUUCCUCACUUUGCCUCGGUGCGGGGCAGAGACCGAGAGAUCAUCAUCCUUCGCAGCGAAAACGGCGAUACGUGGAAGGAACACGACAGUUCGGCCGACAACGACGAUUCCCUUCUCAACACUCCUUUUGACUCGAACAUGAGCUCGCUGCACUCGGGCCGCAUCAGUCGCAUCGUAACUAGCGAAUUUCCCCAGUACUUCGCCAUCGUGACGCGCAUCAAGCAGGAGGUCCACGUGAUCGGCUCCGAGGGCGGGAUUCUGGUGUCGAGCGUCGCGCCCCAAGUCCAGGCGGUCUUUGCCCCGGGCGCCCUGACCAAAAAGAUCAAAGUCGGCCUCCAGGCCCACGUGAUCCCGCCCGAGUCGACGGCCAAACUUCUGGGCAACUGCGUGGCCGUCUCGCCCGUCAUCACGAUCGAGCCGCGACGCCGCAAGUUCCACAAGCCCAUCAGCCUGACUCUGCCCGUGCCCCAGGCCGCCAACAAGGGCAUGAUCAACAAUUACGGCGGCGAGACGCCGACCCUUCGGCUGCUCUGCAGCAUCGCCGGGGGCACCAGCGAGGCCCAGUGGGAGGACGUCACCGGCUCGACUCCGCUCAAUGUCAUAAACGACCAAGUGUCAUUCGCUACGAAUGUGUCGGCCAGUUUUUGCUUGAUAAACAGUUGGAAUAUACGACAGGUGCCGAUAAUGGCUUCGAAAUUAUUCAUAGAAUCGACACAUAUUCCCAUAUUUAUCAAUAUUCUCAUUUACUACAAACCUUUUAAAGAUUCAAGAUUAACUAUUAUGAGAAUUUUAUGCGUGACGAAAAAUCAUGAAGAAGUUGAUACCUUAGAAAAACAAGAGGGAUUCAAAAAAAUUGUUGUUAGCCGAGAUAUUGAGAUCUUUAGAGACAAAGAUAUAUUCAUCAAAUUUACUGGGAACUUGGUGCCUUUAACAAAUUCAAGGGUUCAGUUGAAAUUCAAAUUUGAUGCUUUUAAACACAAUAGAUUAUCAUUUUAUGCCAAGGUCAAAAAUCCUCUACUUGAUCCAGUGGCUCGAAUGAUUUUUACAGAUGAACCAGAAAUUUUUAAAAAUGAAGCAGCUAAAAAACCUUUAUGUGCUCUAAAUAUAAUUUUACCUCUUGAUUCUAAAAUAAAUAAAAUAGCAUAAGUCAAAUGA